GCCCCGUCUCUGGGGCUCCGCAGCCCCCUAGCUAAUUUUCUAGACAACAUGCCCUUGCGAAGUUCUGGCAAGCUGAGCAUGGAGACCAGAAAAGACGGUGAGAGUACGGCACCUGCCCCUCCCCAGAAGAAGCUGUCCUGUCAGUGCCACCACCACUGCCCCGAGGACUCAGUCAACAGCACCUGCAGCACUGAUGGCUACUGCUUCACUAUAAUAGAAGAAGAUGAGUCUGGUGGACAUUUAGUCACCAAGGGAUGUCUUGGAUUAGAGGGCUCAGACUUCCAGUGUCGGGACACUCCUAUUCCACACCAAAGAAGAUCUAUUGAAUGUUGCACAGGCCAAGAUUAUUGUAACAAACACCUUCACCCUACACUGCCACCACUGAAGAAUCGAGACUUUGCUGAAGCAAACAUCCACCAUAAGGCCCUGCUGAUCUCAGUGACUGUUUGCAGUAUACUUCUGGUGCUUAUCAUUAUAUUCUGCUACUUCAGAUACAAACGCCAAGAGACGAGGCACCACUACAGCAUUGGGCUGGAGCAGGACGAGACCUACAUUCCCCCUGGAGAGUCCCUGAAAGAUUUGAUCGAGCAGUCCCAGAGCUCAGGGAGUGGCUCUGGGCUCCCUCUCCUGGUUCAAAGGACCAUCGCAAAACAGAUUCAAAUGGUGAAGCAGAUUGGAAAAGGUCGCUAUGGAGAAGUCUGGAUGGGAAAGUGGCGUGGUGAAAAGGUAGCUGUGAAAGUGUUUUUUACCACAGAGGAGGCCAGCUGGUUCCGAGAAACAGAAAUCUACCAGACCGUCCUAAUGAGACAUGAAAAUAUUCUUGGAUUCAUUGCUGCAGACAUUAAAGGUACAGGAUCUUGGACCCAGCUGUAUCUUAUCACUGACUACCAUGAGAAUGGCUCACUUUAUGAUUAUCUAAAAUCUACUACUUUGGACACAAAAGCCAUGCUGAAACUGGCUUACUCCUCUGUUAGUGGUUUGUGCCACUUGCACACUGAGAUCUUCAGUACUCAGGGCAAACCUGCUAUUGCCCAUCGUGACCUAAAAAGUAAGAAUAUCCUGGUGAAAAAGAAUGGCACCUGCUGUAUAGCAGAUUUGGGCUUGGCUGUUAAAUUUAUCAGUGAUACAAAUGAGGUAGACAUCCCUCCAAAUACCCGAGUAGGAACAAAACGUUAUAUGCCUCCUGAGGUGCUGGAUGAAAGCUUGAAUAGAAAUCACUUUCAGUCGUAUAUCAUGGCUGAUAUGUACAGUUUUGGACUCAUCCUCUGGGAGAUAGCAAGGAGAUGUGUUUCAGGAGGAAUAGUAGAGGAAUAUCAGCUUCCAUAUCAUGACCUUGUGCCCAGCGACCCCUCGUAUGAGGACAUGCGGGAGAUUGUGUGCAUCAAGAGACUACGCCCCUCAUUUCCCAACAGAUGGAGCAGUGAUGAGUGCUUGCGGCAGAUGGGGAAGCUGAUGAUGGAGUGCUGGGCUCACAACCCUGCCUCCCGGCUCACAGCCCUGCGGGUCAAGAAAACACUUGCCAAAAUGUCAGAGUCGCAGGACAUUAAGCUUUGACUGCCAGAGACAGCUCUUGUGGAGGCCCAUGGAAACGGACUUUCUUGUGCAGGCAGAAGUCCUGAAGAGGUAUUGAAAGUCUUCACUAAUAAGUACCUUGAACAGAAUCAUGCUUAAGAGCAGCUGUAAGUUUUGAAGAGACUAUCCUUUGCAAAAAUCACCCGAAUUUUGACAUGCGAGAUCGAAAGAGGCUUGUCUGCCCUUGUUUACAUGGGGAAAUACAGUUUUAGUAACUGGUUUAAGAUUAUGCAUGUUGCUUUCCAUGAAAGCCACUUAUUAUUUUAUUAUUAUUAUUGUUAUUAUUAUUAUUUUGAUUGUUUAAAAAAGAUACUACUUUAAAUUUUAUGAAAAUAAAACUUUUGGUUAGAAGUAAAAAAGAUGUAUAUUGUUACAUUAAAAAAAUUUGGAGGGAACUGCUGAAAAUGAAAGCAAACCAACUGUUUCAUUUAUAAAAAGAUUAUUGCACUCCAGCAAUUAAAAAAAAAAAAGGUGAGUGAGUCUGUGUAACUCAGAGGAGCUGUAAUGGAGACUGUCUUAAAAGCCACCUAUUUGUAGAGAUAACUUUCCAUAACCCUUCAUGUGCAAGUGGUUCUCACAGUACAGAGAUGGAGCCCAGUUACAUCCUUGCCAUCAUUGGUGUGGGUGGCCUAUGCCAGGGAAGGUCAUCCUUCAUUUAAGGUAAUUGGGAGCUAUAUGAAUAUGGUUAGUGUGACUUGUUUGAAGAAGCUCUUUGUGUUUCCAGGAAAUCUGAUGGGGAUAGUGCCAUGAUGAUAAACAAGUGCCCCUUUUCUUGGCUUUUCUUUUUUUUCUUUCUUUUCCCCCACUGCAAAAAAACCUUUGCGUGUGAGUGGAAAUGAAGUACAUAUUUGGAUCUGCUGGUGAAUUUGAAACUGCUGUGACACACAUAAACAACUGCUGGGUAAGAGGAAGUUCCCUGUGAGAAGGAAUUAUUAACUUGCUCUUUCAUUUGUGUAAAAGUGAGGGACCCAUCUACAACCACAGUGGAGGAAAAAAAAUAAUCUGUAUUCCUUUUUUUAAGGGAAAGUUAAAAACCUCAAAAAUGCCCAUCUCUGGGGUGGUAAUAAUUUUUCUUUAAGUGUAAGGAUACCUGGUGCCUCAUGGUCAUAAGAAAUGGCAGGGAAGGAGCAUGAGACUUAUGCGGGUGGUGAGAGCUGGGCACCGCGGGCGCAGUGGGCACCUGCCUCCAGCACUUCUCCUGCUGUAGUGAGAGACACCUAACAAUGUGGCUCAAGCUUCAUCUGCAUUACUAUUUUGGGUGGCCUUCCAGGAGCCUCCAUACCUCUGGCAGCCACCGCACAGUAGUGACAGGCUUGGCUGCCAAGCUGGGGCUGCGUAACAUCGUAGUUCCCAAGAGGAAGCAAGAGAAGCUUUUAGGGGAGAAGAGCAAUGGGAAAUGUAAUUACUGCCUUUCCUUGUUCCUCCUUCCUGAGGUUGCAGCAGUUGCUGCAAUGCUAAUACUACACAAGGGGAAAUGAGAGGUGAAAUAUUCCCUGUGAAGUGUUUUCUUUGGAAAGGUUCUGUUCUUCAUCAGAUUAUCAAAGCUGAGCUGUGUGGAAGUUACUGGUUUACCCUUUUUUACCCUUAUUUUAUUUUUUAAAAUUUUCUUGCCUGCCUAUGUCCUGUUUCACUAGAUGGUGUUCAGCUUAAUAUUGAAAUAAGUCCUUACAAAUGCUGCUUUGAUUAUGCUAAGCCUAUUUCAGAACUGAAAUAAUUGCCAUGCUGGAUUUAGCCUCAGCACUUCUGUAAUGCUUCUUUUUUUUCCCUUUUUGGACAAAACUGAUUUAUUUGUGGUAGGUAGGUAUAUAAUUGGGGUUUAGUUUCACAGCUCCCUAAAGGUAUUUCUAGCUGGAAAAAUUAACAUUUUAUACUUUCAAGCUAACAGAGAAAAUGCGCAGGUUCAAGAAAACCAGCAAGACCUCCAUGAUUAUAGGUGUCAAAAGGCUUAAUCAGAGGAUUUUUGUUAAUUAGAGCGCUUCUUCUGCAGUGCAGUUUCCCUGCGUAAAAUUGCCAAGCAAUGCAAUACAAAAAGAAAAUCUCUGAGAGUUAAAUAGUACACCAAAUCCUGACCCCAAGAGGGGUGAUGAUGGUUUUCCCAUCCUUAAAAAAUAGCAUGCUUCUGAAGCUGAGAAUAGAGUUUGCUCCACUCCUUGGCUGCCUUGGCUUCGAGAUUUGUGGUCCAAAAUGAGGACAGCCCAGCCUCUCUUCACCUUUUUUCGUCUUAGCAAAUGGAGCCAUGGGGUUUCUAGCUUCACUCCUUUUCAUAAACGCCAGCACAGCUCUGUAUAACCAAGGUUUCUCAGCUCGGAAGAAGCGGAUGGGACCGCUGACUUUGGCAGCAGCUGGGACUAGGCUCAGUCGAUCGCUGAGCCUGGUCCCUGCAGGUCCCAGGUAAGCAGUCACACAGCAGGGAUGCCUCUUACCUCCUGAGUUUAGUUGUGUUUCACCUCUACCUUCCUGAAACAGAUUUUUUUUUUUUUUUUUAAAUUAUCAUGGCUCUCCUGAGAAAUGUUUUGGAGGGUGCUUUGCCCGCUGGCAGACAUGAGGCAUGCCAUGCCCCGGCACCUGCCCUCAGUGUGUUGCAAGAGAAAGGGCCAGUCGCUGGUUUUCUGAGCAAUUUUUGCCUUUUUUUUUCGGUCCAAGAGAAAAGGAUCUAAGAUACUGGUUGAUAGGUUACAUAAAGCGUGUAUGUUAAAUGUUCCAAGUUUAUGUGUUUUAUAUAUAUAUAUAUAUAUAUAUAUAUAUGUAAAAAUAUAUAUAUAUAUUCAGUUGCAAGUCUGGAAUAGCUCCAGUAUUGUGGAUUAAGAGUAAACUAUUAUGGAUCAUAAAGCACUAAAUAAAGCAUAAUAUUUAUUUAUGAAAAUGCAUAAAUGACAAAUCACUACAACAGUGCUAUAUAGGAAAAUAAAUAUAUAUAUAUAUGAGGAGAAACACACUGAGAAAGCAAACAGUCUGCAGUUGUAUAACUAGUGCCUACCUAUUUUCUCCCAAGACUCAAAAGGCCAGAUUUUGCCCUCAAAUCUCCUACCCACUGUAAUAGAUGGUAUUGUAAAGGGCUAUUUCUAAGGCCAGGAAACAACCUAAGGCAAGUGUGGAGGUUGUUUGUUCUAGCACUGUGACAUUUCAGUUACGGCCUGCAUGGCUGACUUUCUGUAACACUCAAUGUGUCAUUAUUAUGCUUUCAGCAUGUACAGAGACUACAGGUUAUAUGUUUAUUUUGCCAGGUGUGGCCUUUUAAUGUCACUUCCAGAUUUUGGUAGUUUCACAGUGUGCUUUGGUGAGGGCUUGGAAGUCAGUGGUGAAGAUAAUUGUGACUUCCGUGCCCACAGGUCUAGAAAUCCACUUUUCAAAUGUAAAUCACUGAAGGAAGUUUAGUUUAGUUUCUGACUGGCAUAGGUAAGAUGGCAUAGGUAAGUGGGAGAAGAAAUUAAAAAAAGGAAGAGAGAUGCCAUCUAGCAACUGCUAUCCUUUCUCUAGCACAAAGUUAUUUCUAUUAAAGAAAAGGUUGACAAUGUAAAGACUAAGAAACUAAUAUGUGUUCUUUUUUGAGAACCAGUGCCUUAUUAAACCUGUAAAUACUGUAAUUAGAAAACUUGGGGAACAAACUGUGUUACGUUGUAUUUGUUCAAAUUGUAUAUGGUUGUUUUAACAUUCCCCCCCAAAUAAAAUUGUUUCCAUCUCCCCAUGA